AUGGCUACCCCACCACCGUCACCAGAUUCGAUCUCGUUAAAUUCUCGAGACCGGAUGAACUUUAGUGACAUACAAACAAUUUUUUGGGAUUGUGGAGAGAGAGUGGCAAAAACACAGGUGGAGAUGGAUCGCAUUAAGGAGGAAAUGGGGCGCGGUUCUGUGAUAUCAAGGGUCGAAAUGCUUGUCGUGCAGCGCAGAUUAGACCGUCAGGAUAAGAAGAUGCAAGCUAUGACAGUUGUGCUGGUGGAACUAGUGGUGGUGAUGCUUGGUUUUCUGGUGGACAAAAUGCACACUCUAAUGUAA